AUGGAGUACCUUAGCAGAAACUUGAAGAAUUUGAAGCUGGAAAAAACUUUUCACUUUCAUCCUAUGUGUUCAAGGCUAGAUAUAACUCACUUGAGUUUUGCGGAUGAUCUCUUGCUUUUUGCAAGGGGAGAUGCUACAUCAGUUGCAUUGAUGCAUGAUAGAUUCCUGAUAUUCUCAGCAACAUCUGGGCUUAAAGCUAAUCUAGCUAAAAUCUCUAUUUACUAUGGAGGAGUUAACUUGGAGGUACAAAAAGAGAUACAACACAAGAUUGGUUAUAGCCAAGGUUCAUUGCCUUUCAAAUACCUUGGCAUACCACUAGAUACAAAGAAGCUUUCAGUUAUGCAAUGGCAGCCACUUAUUGAAAAAAUAGUGGCUAGAAUAUCAUCUUGGACAACAAAGAAACUAUCUUAUGCAGGCAGAAUUCAGUUGGUACAGCAUGUUAUCUUUGGUAUUCAAGCUUAUUGGGCUCAGAUCUUCAUCAUCUCAGCUAAAGUUGUUAAAACAAUAGAAUCUUAUUGCAGAAGCUAUGUAUGA